GUCUAGCUCUUUAUUUUAAGAGAAAAACUGGGAUCCCCACCAAACACAUGGCCAUCUGUAGCCCACUGUCAUCUUAGACCACCUUCUUUUUUAAGAGGGGAAAGGCGAGGAACAUUCUGCAAUCUUUGGUUCAUCGAGAGCAGGACCUCCUCUGUCAGAAACACCAACAUGGGAUUCUUCUCUUUGCUGGGCGUCUUCCUUCUUUUCCUUUGUUCUUUAUCCAUGGCUUGUGAUCGAUGCGUGCAUACUUCGUCUGCUGCUUAUUAUUCUUCCGCUUCUGUUCUGUCAGUUGGGGCUUGUGGAUAUGGACCUUUAGCUUUGGAUUUCAACGGAGGAUAUGUUGGGGCAGCUAAUUCUAGUUUGUUCAGGCAAGGAAUUGGUUGUGGAGGAUGCUUUCAGAUAAGGUGCAAAAACCCGAGGUUAUGCAGCAGCCGUGGGGUGAAGGUGGUGUUAACAGAUAAUAAUUCUAACAAAGAAACCGGCUGGGUGUUGAGCAAUAAGGCGUUCAUGGCUAUGAGUCGACCAGGAAUGGGCCUGGAGCUCAAAAAACUAGGCAUUGUGGACAUUGAAUUCAAGAGGAUACCCUGUGAUUAUGCAAAUAGAAACCUAAGUGUGCGAGUGGAAGAGAGCAGUCAGUACCCACAUUAUCUAGCCGUCAAAUUCCUAUUCCAAGGUGGACAGACAGACAUUAUGGGCGUUGAUAUUGCUGAGUUGGGAUCUCCAAACUGGACCUUCAUGACGAGGAAUCAUGGAGCUGUGUGGGAGGCUAAUCGUGUUCCCUAUGGUCCUCUGCAAUUCCGGUUCGUGGUAACGGGUGGUUACGACGGAAAAUGGAUUUGGGCAAAACAGAGUGUCCUUCCGGCCAACUGGAGACCUGGAUCGGUCUAUGAUUCUGGUGUUCAAAUUCAUGACAUUGCGCAGGAGGGAUGUCCGCAGUGUGAUGACAGCAACUGGAAAUGAACUUACAAUGUAAAUACUGUAAAGCUUGCACCAGUUCAAUACUAGUUUCUUCUUCAUAAACAAAAACCUUAUACUGUAUCACGGGAAAGCAGUUGGUAAAAUAUCAAUUUUUAUCUGA